UGUCAACUGUCGGCUGUCAAUUGAAAAGUAGGAAAAUCUUGUUCGUAAGUAAAAUCUAGAUUUAUCUCAUAGUUCCAAUAACUUUUGCUAUGAUUACGGCGUAAUUUAUUGUAUGAAAGUGCAAUAAAACAGCGCACAAUGUACCCACGGUGUGGCAGUAGCGGUUCCAUCCAGAACGUACACCGCACUCCUUCGUCGUCGAAUCAUAACUCAGAAGACGAAGACGACAGUGGUGAUAACAAAGCUUCGGCGUUGAGUUUUAAAGAGCGACGUAGAGAGGCCCAUACCCAGGCUGAACAAAAAAGAAGAGAUGCUAUUAAGAAGGGUUAUGACUCACUCCAGGAGCUGGUACCAACCUGCCAGCAGACUGAUGCCUCAGGAUACAAACCAAGUAAAGCUGCAGUUCUCCAGAAGUCCAUAGACUACAUCCAAUAUCUGCUGCAACAGCGGAGACGUCAGGAGGAGGAGAGGAAUGCUCUGAGGAAGGAUGUAGUGGCCUUGAGGAUAAUGCAGGCCAACUAUGAACAGAUUGUGAAGGCCCAGCAUUCUGUGCCAGGCCACAGCGAGCAGAGGUUGACAGAUCAGGAUAAAUUCCAAAUAUUUCAGGCUAUAAUGGACAAGCUGUUUGAGUCCUUUGAGUCGGUGCCCACCAACAAUUUCGCCGAGUUCUCAGCUGGUGUGUUCAAUUGGCUCGAGGAGUACUGUAAGCCACAAUCCUUGAGGACUUUAGUGCAUGGUGUGUUACGUGAACAGAACUAUACUCCUUAAUUUGACUAGUUUAUAUAGUGCCUUUUUGUAGCGGUGCAAUAGCGAUACUUUUGCGCGUUUGCAUCGCUCGCUAGCCGUGUGUCCUAGCAAAUGGGCGCUCAUUCAGUCGCGUUGUAAACGUGAUUAGCGGUCACAGAACACAUCAACUCGGAAAGGGAUCGUCACUGUCUCGCCUUCGCCUCGCCAUCAACCAGGCGUCAACCUAACGUAUGCACGUAAAGGACGCUAUCAUAAAAAUGAUUACAAAAAUUAGCAGGUCAGUACGAAAACCGACGUUAAGGACAU